AUGAGACAAUGGAACUCACGUCGACUUGCAGGACCAUACGAAGGGGCGAUCCUUCGCUUUCAGAUAUCGUUUCCAGACGCAUAUCCAGCCGUUCCCCCUCUCAUCAUUUUCUCCAGCGACAUCUUUCACCCACUGGUUGUGCCGUUGACCACUUACACCUUUACUGUCAGCACCGUCGACGCCUCUGGCACUGUCAGUGCUUCCGACAAAGAUCGAUUACCACCCGGCGCCUUGAGCCUACGGCAUGGAUUUCCCCAGUGGUUCUCAUCAACAUCCUCGACAGACCAGAAGCACGACGCCUCGAUUGCGGUCGCGCCGGCUGCUGGUCGACCCGUAACUCCCAGCGACGCGGACACGUGGUCCAGCGACGCAACUGAGGACAAUAAAACGAGCCCAGCGCCAUCUGACCGCACGGCUCCGACCCUGCCCAUAUUGCAACAUAUUCAAGACGCCUUCGAAAAUGCAGAUUUGCUGGACGAGAUUCCACUUGAAGUUGUCGGUGACCCAAGCGCAUGGCAUGCCUGGCGCGCCCACCGGGGACUCGCCCGGCGACAGAGAGAGCAGCGAGGAUCCGACCAGAACGGGCAAGAUGCAUCUCCCUCAUCCCCCAAGCAUCCCGGUGAAUGGAAAUGGGAUGGCGUAUGGGAAUCUCGAGUAAGGCACGGUAUCGAAGCCAGUAUUAGUGAGGCCGCCCUUUUCGGCAACACCAUCAGCAACACUCGAUUUGGCUCGAGUCCUAUGGAGUCUACGACCAUGGACCCACGUGAGAGAAUGCUUGCCGCUGCCGACCGACAAAUUCGCUUCUCGAAGUUGAGCGAGGAGCGGCUCGACGAGCUGAUCGGCCAAAUACGCAUCUCGGACACCACGAUACCUGCUCCAUGA